UAUAUAUAUAAAGAGUUAUUUGCAAGAAACUAACAUUCUAAAGUUUAAUCUUCCUUGGGGCUAUAAAUUUGAAUCUCCUUUUCUGUCAUCCACUAAUUAUCUGUGAUGAUUUCCUUUUGGUUUGACGUGAGAGUGGAAGAAUUAUAUCUCUCAAAAGUCUAAACUGAGGUGCUGCCUUUAUAUUUUAACUUCGACUAUUAGUUUAGCCUAUCUUUGAAAUAAUUCGUUACUAUUUAACUUCUAGUCAAGUAUAAGUCGCCUCCAACCUAUUAAAUCUUCUAUUCCUUUCCAAGAAAGCAAGUUUGAAAUUACUUGUCAUUACUAAUACACCUAUUCAGUCCCGCAGCUGUACUAAGCAUAAUGGAUAAACAGUGCGCUUUGAUCGUCACUUCUCUUAUAUUGGGACUGUCAUUUCUUGCAACAACAGUGACAGCUUUGAGAAGCCAUGAUGGGUUAGAGGAAUGGGGAUAUGUUGAAGUCAGACCCAAAGCACACUUGUUCUGGUGGCUUUACAGAAGUCCUUACAGAGUAGAAAAUCCCUCCAAGCCAUGGCCGAUCAUUCUCUGGUUGCAGGGAGGACCCGGUGCUUCAGGAAUUGGGUAUGGAAACUUUGAAGAGGUUGGACCUCUAGACGUCAGGUUGAAGCCAAGAAAUUCCACCUGGUUGCGAAAAGCAGAUCUCUUGUUCGUGGACAAUCCAGUGGGAACUGGGUACAGUUAUGUGGAGCACACCGAACUUCUCGUGAAAACUGAUAAAGAAGCGGCCACUGACUUGACGACUUUGCUGAUUAAGAUAUUCAAUAAGAACAAAAGUCUCCAAAAGAGUCCUCUCUACAUUGUGGGAGAGUCUUACGGUGGAAAGUUCGCAGCUACUCUGGGAUUAUCUGCUCUUAAAGCCAUUGAAGCCGGCAAAUUGUUUGUCAAGCUUGGAGGCGUGGCAUUAGGGAAUAGUUGGAUCUCACCAGAAGAUUUCGUGCAGUUCUCAUGGGGUCCCCUUCUCAAAGACGUCUCAAGACUUGAUGAUCACGGGCUUCGAAGAUCCAACAGAAUAGCUCGGAAGAUCAAGAAGCAACUAGAGGAUGGCCUAUUUGUUAACGCAACCGAUUCAUGGCGCGAACUUGAGGCCGAGAUCUUUUCCAGCAGCAACUAUAUGGAUAUCUACAAUUUUCUGUUAGAUUCUUGGGAGGAUGGGUCAGUGUCCUUAUCAGGAACGGGGAUGAGUUUACUCAAAGGGACUGGAAAGAAACGCUACUCCAAAUAUUUGUCUUCAUUAAGAGUUGGAGAUGAAGAAAUUGUGAGGUUGUUAAACGGAGAGAUCAAGGAAAAGCUGGGGAUCAUCCCAAAGAAUGUGACAUGGCAACUGCAGUCAGAUGCUGUGUUCGAUAGUUUUGAGGUUGAUUUUAUGAAACCAAGGAUCGAUGAGGUGGACCAGCUGCUCGCAAAAGGAGUGAAAGUGAAUGUGUACAAUGGACAACUUGAUGUUAUUUGUGCAACCAAGGGAGUUGAAGCUUGGCUUAGGAAGCUCAAGUGGGAAGGGCUUCCAAAUUUCUUGAGGAAGGAAAGAACACCACUCUACUGUGGAAGUAACAAAAAGACCAAAGGGUUCGUGAAGUCAUACAAGAACCUUCGUUUCUAUUGGAUUCUUGGUGCUGGCCAUAUGGUACCUAGCGAUCAGCCUUGCAUGGCCUUAACUAUGGCCGGUGGUUUCACGGAUUCACCAGCUGCUUCCAGUUAAAAGACAAGCAGAUUAUCGGCUCCUAUAUAUAUAAUAAGCUUGACGGCAAGGAACAAACAGAGGACAAUAAUGAAGAACUUUAUCGUCACGGGGCUGCAGCAAACCAUUAUUUAAGUUCCAUUUUCCAUGUCUUUUCUUGGUGACUUUAAAUAUACUGAUAAAAAAAAAAAAUCUUGUAAUGUGGUGUCUCCUUGAACAAGAUAUAGUACUUGCUGGGUGAAAGAACUGAUAAGUCCAGAAAUCUGACUGCUACUCCUGAAUUCAUGCAAAGCAAUGCUCUUGACUGAAGAAAGGGCAUGUUCUUAGUUCUUAAAAGGAAUGAAGCAAUAUGCAAUAAUGGCAGAUAUAGGGGUCAGCUAGGGAGGAAGAGCGAGAUACGCAUCCUCCUGGAGUUGUCUCCGUCAGAAUCCUUCGAACUAGGAUUCUGCUAUCAAAUGUCCAACGUCUGCAGAUUCCAUAUGAUUUCCUUUAUGUAAGAAAUGUGUUGUUUUAAACAUUCAAAUUCAAAUAUUUAAGCCAAUUAAUUUGUACGCAAAAGUUUAAGUA